UGUAUCGACAAGACUGUAGAGUGCCUUUACUUUUUGGUACAACACAAGCACACAAACCAUCGAAAGAAAUGGGGUUUUGGGACGCCGUAUACUACACCGGCGAUCUGAUCAAGGGGAUCACACCAAGCCUGUCAACGGUGAAACAUGCAGGCAGUGCAGCUUGCAGUUACACUUACGCCGCCGUCACUAAGAUCGAUCAAGUGGUCCGAGUCGAUGGCAUCGAGAAGCUGCCUCAGUACUGGCCCGAUGAUGAAAAACGAGCUCAGAUCGGCCUUUUUACCACCACACUUGCAAAGAACGCCGGCAAAUACGCCGUCUGUGAAGGCUUCAAACACAUUCCCGGUGCAACCGUGGCCUCUAAGUUGGCUUCAGACACAAUGCGUGAAGUGAAACAACAAAAUCAUAAGGAUGGAUUGAAAUCAGUGCAAGCAAAGAUGGAUAAAUUGGAGAAAGACUUGAUGAAAUCAACCUCACAACCAGAAAUCUUGGACCAAAAUGGGAACUUAAGCUCUGCAAAUGCAAUUGAAGGCGGGUCUGAGACUAAAGACAUGAUUAACACGUUCAUGAAGACUGAGUUUGUAGGAAACCACAUGUUUCGUGACUUGAUGGUCCCUAAGAUUGCUCGUAUCGAAAACACAAACGAGUAGACAUCUUAUCGUGCCUUGUAUCUGGCUGCUGCGUGUAUAUCCUUUUGUAAACGUUUUCGUAAUGAUGAAAUGAAUGGACCAAGGUGGGAAUGAUUUUAAAGUGUACUAGUGUAGUAAGAACUUAUUAAUGGUGUCAAUUUCUCACACGGUACGAAUAUAAAUAGGUUUUUGGUGUCA